CGGUGGCAGGCGGGACUGGAGUUCCCGGCCGGAGACGGGGCUCACGAUGGCGGAGGAGCGUGAGCGGGUGAGUCAGCCGGCUGUCGGACCCGGGGGAGCGCGGUGGGGCCGGGGGGCCGGGGGCCGGGAGGGCUUGAGAAUGGGGCUCUGGGACGGAGAAUAUGCAGGAGGAGAUGCCCUCACGUCGCCGGAGAGGAGGGCGGUCGUGAGCGUGGGGGUGGGGGUGGGGGAGCCCAUGGAAGGUGUGGGGGGUGGCGCUUUGCAGCGCGCGGGGAAAUCGAGCGGAGUGGGGACGAAGGCUGGGGCGAGUCAGGAGAGGUGGAGAACGACGAAGGAAGGAGCGAAUCGGUGUCAGCAGCCGCAGGUGGAUCUGCCGAGGGACAUUAUAGGGCCGCAAAUGAUCGCCUCUAAGAAAGUGAGAGGGCUCGGCGAGUGGAAAGUAAAACCUGGGUUUGUCGCAGAAGAACAACCCAGCCCGAAUGUGUGUCUCGCUGAGAUUGUCCACUGCCCGGCUCGUAACCCUUCCCUGAGAGCUGCUGUGCGCGAUUGAUUCUUCUGUCGUCGCCCGGAUGCGUGAAAUCUCUUCUCCUCUGCGUUUCGCCUCCCUCCGAGCAAAGUCACCUUUCUCACUGAUGUCAUCUAUCCCGUACAUGGAAGUUUGUGUGUGUCUGUUGUAUGUCCUCCCCUCCGCCUACUACUGUACUUCCGUUUUCUUUGCCCAGUAGUGACUUUGCUUUCCAGGCCUCGUAGGCCAGCGGCAUUUUUGUGGAGCGACUGCUGUUCCUUCUCAGAGAGAGAGAGAGAGAGAGAGAGAGAGAGAGAGAG